AUGGACCCUUCGAGACUCCCCGCCUACCCCUCUCUCGCAGAAGUCGAGAAGCUCAUUAUCCACGAGAAGAAGGGAAACUGCGUGCCCAUAUACGUAGAGCUUCCUGCAGACCUCCUAACACCAUGCAUGGCGUACAUGAGAAUCGCGAAGGACUCCAAGUACAGCUUCCUCCUCGAAUCCGUGAUUGGGGGCGAGAACGUAGCGAGAUAUAGCUUUAUUGGCGCUGAUCCAUUCAAAAUCAUCAAAGUGGGCCCGAAUGAAGAGAUUACAGGCGAUCCAAUGGCUGCCCUCCAGAAGGAGCUCACCCUAUACCAAUACGUCAAGAUUCCAGAGAUACCCACCUUCACUGGCGGUGCCAUUGGUUAUGUCUCGUACGACUGUAUCCAACACUUUGAGCCCAAGACUACUCGGACACUGAACGACCCAUUAGCCAUCCCCGAGGCGGUGUUCAUGCUAGUUGAUACGCUCCUGGUUUACGAUCACAUUUUCCAAUCUCUGAAGGUCGUCUCGCAUGUAUUUUCCCCCGCAAGUAACGGGCAAGUAAACCUGGGAUUCGUGUACCAGACGGCGGUCUCAAAGGCACGACGUCUAGCGAAACUAGUGGUGAGUAGUGCUACUCCGGAGAUCCCCCAGCCACCUAUUACCCUUGGAGCCGAGGGAGUAUCCAACGUAGGCAAGGCUGGAUAUGAGCAGUUCGUGACGACACUCAAAGAACACAUCGUGGCCGGCGACAUUAUCCAAGCCGUACCUUCCCAAAGACUGGCAAGGCCGACUGCUCUCCAUCCGUUCAAUGCCUACCGACAUCUGCGUAAAGUGAACCCAAGUCCAUACAUGUUCUACUUGGACUGCGGUGACUUGCAGAUUGUUGGUGCCAGUCCUGAGACACUCUGCAAGGUAGAGAAGAAUGUCGUUUUCAACCAUGCUAUCGCAGGGACGACGAAGCGAGGAAAGACACCUGAAGAGGAUGAGAAACUAGGCGCCGCGUUAUUGGCCUCGGAGAAAGAUCGAGCAGAGCAUAUCAUGCUGGUUGACCUUGCGCGUAACGACGUGAAUCGUGUCUGUGAACCUCGGUCGGUUAAGGUGGACCACCUCAUGAGACUAGAGAAGUUCAGUCAUGUCAUUCACCUCACCUCGCAAGUAUCGGGCAGCUUGCGAGAAGGCUUGACCAGAUUUGAUGCAUUCCGGUCGAUCUUCCCUGCGGGUACUGUGUCGGGGGCGCCCAAGAUCAAGGCCAUCGAAAUCAUUUAUUCCUUGGAGAAAGAACGACGAGGCGUUUACGCCGGUGCCGUAGGUCGCUUCGAUUUUGCCUCGGAUGAGAUGGAUACCUGCAUCGCAAUCCGAACGAUGGUGUUCAAGGACGGCGUAGCUUACCUGCAGGCUGGAGGAGGCAUCGUCUUUGAUAGCGUGGAGGAAGAUGAGUACGUUGAAACAAUCAACAAAUUGAAAGGGAACGUCCGGGCCCUCGAAGAAGCUGAGCGGUAUUGGCAUGAUUUGCAAAACAAUUGA